AUAUGUUUCUGGCAAAGAAAAGUGGGUACCCAUGUCAUCAUAUAAUGCAAAGAGGAGAUGCCUCCAACUAUUGGAGAAAUGUAAGAACAUGAAACACUUGAAGCAAGCCCAUGCAUUGGUUGUCACUAAUGGCCUUGCCAAUAGUAGCUUUGCUUUAAGCAGAGUCUUGGCCUUGAGCUCAGACCCACAUAAUGGAAGCCUUUCCCAUGCAUGGAAACUCUUCCAACACAUUCAACAACCUACAAUUUGCAUCUGGAACACCAUGUUGAAAGCUUUCUUGCUCAAUGGUGAAAUCAUGCAAACUAUACAUACAUUUACUGACAUGUUAGAAAAGAGCAAGCCACCUGAUAACUAUACCAUUCCUUAUGUGUUGAAGGCUUGUGCUAAGCUGGAAAGCUCUUGUCUUGGAGAAUUAGUCCAUGGGUAUAGUUUAAAAGUAGGUCUCAUGCUUGAUAUCAUUGUGGGUAACUCUUUGAUUGUAAUGUACUGUGCUUUUGAUGAUAUGAAAGCUGCAAGAUACAUAUUCGAUGAAAUUCCUAAGUUAAGUGCAGUUUCAUGGACAGUCAUGAUUUCUGGGUAUGCAAAGGUUGGUAAUGUUGAGACAGCAAGACUGUUUUUCGAUUUGGCGCCUGUGAGAGAUAAGGGAAUAUGGGGUGCCAUGAUAUCUGGGUAUGUACAGAAUUCUUGUUUCAAGGAAGGUCUGUACAUGUUUCGUUCGAUGCAGUUGACCGAUACAGAGCCUGAUGAAGCCAUUUUUGUGAGCGUUCUGUGUGCUUGUGCUCAUUUGGGAGCUCUACAUAUUGGGAUUUGGAUUCACAGGUAUUUGAAUCAUCUUGGAUUGCCUCUGACUGUUCGUAUGAGCACUAGUCUUGUAGACAUGUAUGCUAAAUGUGGGAAUUUGGAUUUAGCGAAAAGGAUAUUUGAUGGGAUGCCACAAAAGGAUACCAUUUGCUGGAAUGCUAUGAUUUCAGGACUGGCAAUGUAUGGAGACGGAGAGGGUGCAAUGGAGCUGUUUAUGGAGAUGGAAGUGGCUGGGGUUCUGCCAGAUGAUAUCACCUUCAUUUCCAUUUUUACUGCCUGUAGUUAUUCAGGCAUGGCAUAUGAAGGUGUGAGAAUGUUUGAUAGAAUGUACAGGGUAUACCAGAUUGAUCCCAAAAGUGAGCACUAUGGCUGUAUUGUUGAUCUUCUUAGCCGUGCCGGACUCUUUGAAGAAGCAAAAGAAAUAAUCAAAAGAAUAACCAGUUCAAGUAAAACUUCCACAGAUGCAGUAGCUUGGAGAGCAUUUCUCAGUGCAUGCUGCAAUCAUGGGCAAACCCAACUGGCUGAGAUUGCAGCUGAAAAGCUCUUUGAAUUGGAACGACAUAGUGGGGCCUAUGUUCUACUCUCAAACUUGUAUACAGCUGCUGGGAAACAUGACGAUGCCAGAAGAGUAAGAAAACUAAUGAAAAACAGAGGAGUUGAGAAAGAACCGGGUUGCAGUUUGAUUGAGAUUGAUAGAUCAGUUCACGAGUUCAUUGCGGGGCAGAAGACACACCCCCAGAUGGAAGAAAUUCACUCCAUUUUGGAGAAGAUAAACACUCACUUAUAUUAUUCAGGGAACAACCCAUGAUUGUUUUGGAUAGACACGAAGGCAGUUCUAUAGCACUGAGAAAUUUUCACAUAGGAAGAUUAUUCUUCAUUGUAAAAUAGGCAAGAGUUCCUUAGAGAAGCACUUGUUAACAUUAGGAACAUGCAAAGUUGGUGCCUUCCAUAGAACAGGGCAAAAUAAUGUUAAAAGUGGAACUUUUUUCCAGUCACGGCCAUUACAAUAAUUGUUACAAGGCCCAGUUCAUUC